ACGAUUUCGGCUCCUACGAGGCCGGGGAGGGUCCCGGGGGGGACGCGCUGUUCCCGGAGGGGUCCCUGGAGGCCGAGGGCCCCCCCGGCAUUCCCGGCAUUCCCGGCAUUCCCGGAAUUCCCGAGUUCCUGCCCUCGGGGGCGCAGCGCGCGCUCUUCCUGCGCAUCCGCCACAAGCAGCGGCCCGAGGAGCGCCGGAGGGCGGCCGAGGCCGGCGACAGGGAGCACGACGAGG